ACAAAGUUCACCCGCAGACCAUCUUUACGACGAUAUCGUGCAUGCUCAUGUCAAAUGCGGACACCACGGCGGCAUUGAAAAUAACCUUAACAUGAGUCACGCAGGAAAGGCUCCCAGGCUCGGGCUCGCCCGAAAAGAUGUUCCGAUACGCCCAUCAACCAACGUGGCAUUCAAUCCCCUUGAAAUAGCUGAUCUGAUGACCAGAUACUACCAGCUUCUCUCCAGAAUGCGGUAUUUCCCGGAGUCGUGUAUAAAACAUGCACCCCACGAUCCUCCAGUCGACGCCGAGUUUGCUGCGUGUUUGGGAAUGGAACCACAGGUCAUUGAGCUCCUUCAACUUCUCCCUUAUGUUGAUGGUUUGCAUAAUGAAGACGAGUUCAUCAUGCAUGGAAGUUUUGCAGAUUUUAGAAAGAGGAGUGUCUUGGAACAGAGCAGGGAUCCGAAAUUCAUAAGGCCGGAGAAGGGAUUUGAUAUUGAGAAUGGGGAAUAUGUGAGGCCCUGGGUGCUGGUGGUGACGGAGUGCGGAAACCGCGGAUCUGUUGUUUACUACGACACAAGAAACGGUCACCUGAUGCUAGAAGAUUUCUACGGAGGGAGUUUAGAUCCCAUUUUCUCAGGUCGAAGAAACGGAUCUCCUUCCUCUGUGAAUCAAAACUCCAUCGAUAACCUACCGAGUAGGCCGGCGAAAGAGAUGCUCGAAGAUUUCAUGAAUCGACACCAGACACUGGAAUGGACUCCCUUUUACCUGAACGCGUAUCGCAUAUUUCGUGAAGGAGAACCGCACCAUGCUGAGUUGAAACAGCUGUUUGAGUAUUACGGAUGGCCCGACAACUUCGACGGGCCCGCGUUCGAGGUUGGCGCAGAUCGAUGGCGAACUUUCAAUCGGGUGCGUGAGCAGGUGGAUGAGAGAAAGAAGAAUAUUGUGAGUGAGCAAUUAGCUGAGGCCGAGGAUUCAACAGAGAGCAUGGGUGGGGAGGGUGGGGAGAUCGAGAAGGCUUGGAAGAAGCAGAUAAGGAGCUAUAUUCGUUGGAUUCAAAGUAAUCUAGAUUUCUCCAAACGGGAAGGCGGAAAGUUUGAGGUUGAGGAAGAGACGAAAAAGAUGGAGGACGAUAUCCGUGGGUUGGAGGAGAAGUUCAGGAAUGUGGCGAGCUUACCGAAGACAGGUGAAGAGGCAAUUCAGCGUCCGGGCCCGACGGCUAUCAGACAUGAGGUUCUGAAAUAUGUAAUCUGA